AUGAUUGCUAUAGUUUAUGGACAUGGUCGACCCGGUUACCACGAUAAUUCAAAAGUUGUGAUUACUCAACCGCCUGCUGAACCAUCGCCUGAAUGGACUCAAGCACCAGAAGUGACUGUACCGCCUGCUGAACCUUCUCCUGAAUUGACUGAAGCACCGGAAGUGACUCUACCACCUGUUGAAUCAUCUCUUGAAUUGACUCAAGCACCAGAAAUGACUGAGCCACCUGUUGAAUCAUCUUCUGAAUGGACUGAAGCUCCAGAAGUGACUGAACUACCUGCUGAACCUUCUGCUGAUUGGACGCAACCACCGGAAGUGAUUGAACCGACUGUUGAUCCGUUCCCUGAAUGGACUGAAGCACCGGAAGUGACUGAACUACCUGUUGAACCUUCUGCUGAUUGGACGCAGCCACCGGAAGUGACUUUACCGCCUGCUAUUUGGACUGAAGUACCUGCUCAACCGUCUUUUGAUUGGACUCAGCCGCUUGAGCCCUCGACCGUGUCUUUGCCAUCGUGUUAUUGUCCUGCACCUGAACCAGUGCCCGAAUGCCCCGCACUUGAAUGCCCUGCUCCGGAGACCCCUGCUCCAGAAUGUCCCUCCCAAGAUUGCCCAGUUGCUGAUUGUCCUGCUCCUGAGCCAGUCCCCGAGUGUCCUGCUCUUGAACCAGUUCCCGAAUGCCCUGCUCCCGAGCCAGUUNUUCCCGAAUGUCCUGCUCCUGAACCAGCUCCAGAGUGUCCUGCUCCUGAACCAGUCCCUGAAUGCCCCGCACCUGAACCAGUCCCCGAAUGUCCCGCCCCUGAACCAGCUCCAGAAUGUCCUUCACUUGAGUGUCCUGCUUCAGAUUGUCCCAGUGAGCCUGAACAACCAUCUGCUGGUCGUCCUCAUAGCUAG